AUGAGCGGCUCGGAGGAGAAUGAGAGUGCCAAUAAUUCUACAAAUGACAUCAUUAACACUUUCAAUGAGUUUUUCAAAAAUGUUCCCGUCGAGAAGAGUUUCGAUAUGACUUAUAAAGUUUAUCUCCGCGAACUGGCCGAUAUGGAUGACCAUUCGACUCUCUCCGCCCGUUCCUCAUCCACCAAUAUUCAAGAACCCAAAGUUUUGGCUUCAUUUGGCACCGUGCCAAAAAUGAAUUCAACUUCCGCCACGUCGUUGUCAACGGAGGAAUUCGCUCGAAAAGAUCGAUCGAUGGUCUCAUUGACUGAAAUUCAUCGAAAAAUCAAUAAUCAAUCAAUCGAUUCGAAGAAGAAUCAUCCCGAUUGGUCUCUCUCGCCGACUUUCUAUAAUUUGAGUAUUCUGAAACCGUCGACGCCUUCUGAAUUGCCACCAAAACGAUCGACGUCAUCUGCAUCUGCGCCGCCGUCGACGUUCACGAAGAAGGAAAAAUUGGAAUUUGAGAAAAUAAUUGAGACGAAAGUGGAAGAAAACGGAGAGAAUGGUGGAAUCGAACUAUACGUUAAUAUCAAUGAUUGCUUUAAUUAG